GGUGCCCGCGCAGGUGACCCCCUUACAGGCUGAAAGCACCUUGGAUGGAUUUGCUUCAGGAGUGAGUUUUAAAUCUGGAAAGUUGAAAGGGUGGGCUGCUCUUAUUCGCUGACUCUCCUGUGCAAGCUUCUUUUUCACUGCCAGCUUUUUAGCCCUCCGAUCCGCAGCCAGGCUGGCUGCCCCUCAUGCAGAGAUUGUCAACAUCGUCGCUCGAAAACUCUCUCUUCCCCCCCCGUAGGGACUGGCAACUUUGCUAAUGACACGAUGUAGGACAACAAAGCCCCAGGAGCCGGAGUAUCUGUAGGGAACAGUGCCCAGGGUAGCCAGCCAUGAUCGCCACUGGAGGCCUCUUGAGGAUCUCAGCCAGAAAACAGGAUCCCCUGCGGCCUCAGAGCCAAGUCCCAAAGCGCAAGCGCAAAGCCAAAAAGAAACGCAAGAACGACGUGGUGGUGGUGAAGGGCAAGCUCAAGCUGUGCUCCUUCUCUGGCCUCAUUGCUCUUUGUGGCAUCCUGGUGCUUCUCGUGGGAAUUGCCUUGGCGGUAGUAGGUUACUGGCCCAAGCCUCUUUACCGGGCAGGGAGCACUGGGGACAGCCAGUUUUUGCCAGCACACAGGACUGCCGCCAAAAGCCGCUCCAGGAACCAGACGGAAGAUCCGGGAGAAUCACACCCAGAAGGCUUGGGAGCCAACGCCUCCGUUGCGAGCAGCAAGAAGGGUGUUGCUCCUUCUCCACCUGCCCCCUCGUCCCCCUCCACUUCCACAAGCUUCCUCUUCCAGCUUUUCUCGCGGUAUUUGCAUUCGGACAAGCUCAAGGUGCUCGGGCCUCUCAUCAUGGGCAUUGGAAUCUUCCUCUUUAUCUGUGCCAAUGCAGUGCUCCACGAGAACCGGGACAAAAAGACAAAGAUCAUCAACUUGAGGGACCUGUACUCCACUGUCAUCGAUGCACAUAGCCUUCGGACCAAGGAUGGGGCACCCUCAGCUCCUGUUGCCCCAGUUCCUAUCAAUGGCUUCAUCAACUACGUGCAACCUCAAGGGCUGGAGCUGAAACCCGGCAGUGGCCCUGUGGAAGCCCUGGGGGCUGCUGGUGUGCUAGCCAAGAGCAGCUGGCACCCACCCGUGGGUGCCCCUCUGUCUCCUCCAGACUUGGUUUCCUCGCCACGCUCCUCCUCUUUCUCUUCUAGGCAGCUGCAGCCGCCCAGCUUGGCUGAGGCAGUGUACAGCAUCUAUCGGGAGAGAGCUGCCUUGGCCAGAACUGCUCAUAGCCCACCUUGUAGCCCCCCAGAUGGCUGGGACCAGCAUAGCACAGCCAGUUCCAUUGUCGGUUCCUCGCUCAGCACUUUCACUUUGCUGCCUCUGGCUCAGGGGGAGGCGGCAGAGCGAGAGCGUGGCGGCUGGCGGAGGCCGCUGGGAGAGCGAGGGGCUAGGGAGAUUCCACGGGGAGAUGUGGAGCUCAGCCUGAAAGAUCUCAGGAGCAGCUACAUAGACACAGGGCAAGGGUAUACAAUGCUGCCCAGGGCAGGCAAGCGUAAAUUGGUCCUUAGACGCCAGAGCACAAGCUGCCUCCCUGAUGCCAGGAGAUCCUUCUCCCCAGAACCCUCUCAGACUCUGGACAGUAGCACAGACCUUGAGUCCAGUCUUUUAGUAAAAGCUUCAUCUUCCAGCUACUCCAAAUCCCUAGAUAUGGGGGACUCUCCCCCUACGACACCACCUGUGGACAGGAGAGAUUCUCAGAGCUCUCAGUGCGAUCAACACAGAAGCAAUAAGGGCUACACCCCAUUGGAGGAAACAGGCACCUCCUUGGAAUCUGUUGCCAACACCCCAGCCCAUAAAACCCAGGACUGUGAAGUGAUCCCCAGUGGGGAAGCUGGCCCCUCCGAGGAUCCCAGCAAAGAACAAAUGGAGCAGCGGCCUUUGAAAGUGCAAAGACAGUACACAAAUAAAGAGAAACUUUUCAUGAUCUCCAGAUCAAAUGCCAUGGCCGGGCUGGAGGAAGGAGACCAGGAGAGCAGAGGCAUGAUUUAAAUCGGAGCGAAAUAAAAUGGAGGCAAGCACCAGAACAAUUUGUGAUCCUUCUGCCCCCUUGUGGAUCUGGGAACUGGUCAACAUCCAAAGAGCUUGAGGAAUGUUAUUGUUGAAUGGCAUUAAUAAAUUCCUGUAGAUGCAUUCAGGAAAGAAAGGAAGAAAAACACCACCACCCAUCUAACAGGAGUUUGUUCUGUUCAAUUGUGCAACUGUAUUCCAUGCAAGCCAAAUUGUAUUGCACUUUGACAGCUGAGUAAAUUCUUUGGAUCAAAGGAAUAGAACAUUACAAUAAUUGUGCACUUUACUGAUUUUUUUUAAAUUCCAGUUGCCCCCUUUCAUUCUCUCUCCAUCUCUCUUGGCUUUUGCCAUGGCACUUAACUGCACACUCUUGUCCUAGCUUCAGAUACAGGUGACUUUCAACAGUCUCUUUUCCUUCCUUUUAAUGUUUGGUUAGAACGACGAAGUACUGUGGCAAAGGUGGGAGGUGGGAAACAGCUUUAAUUUUUUGUAAAAGUGUCGGCUGAGGAAAGAUCGGAGAUGCCCUAUGGCCAGCAAGCUGCAAUUCUACAUUCCUAAAUUCAAGUAAUAUUACUUUAUUAAGUAUUAUUGCACAUGUUUGAAUCAAUAGCAUUAAUAAGCAUUUUUAAUUUAAAUAAAAUAUAUUUACAAUGAGAAAGUA